CUUUUUUCCGGGUCCCGGAAACGCCAAAGGAAAGACGAAUUUGUUCCCACCAGAUUUGAAAGAGUAGUAGACAUUACAGGCUUUAAAAGCACUUUUGUUAUUGUAACAAAACAUGCAAAUGGAAGAUUGAAGCGCCAAAAAGGAGAGGAAAGAUGAAACAGAUGGAAAAGGUGGAUGUUCGAUACAGAGGGGUUCGUCGCCGGCCAUGGGGGAAGUUCGCAGCAGAGAUACGUGACCCCUCUCGGCCUGGUGCUCGUUUGUGGCUCGGAACGUUCGAGAAUGCAGAAGAUGCUGCGCGUGCCUACGACAGAGCGGCCUUUGCGUUGAAGGGCCAUUUGGCAAUUCUGAACUUCCCCAACGAAUACCAAUCUCAUAGCACAGCCGCUCCUGAUGAUGCUUCUUCAUCAUUUUCUUCUGCUCCCAGUUCUGAAACUGUUGAUACGGCUACGGGUGGAGAAAAGCAGGUUAUCGAGUUUGAGUAUUUGGACGACAAGUUGUUAGAGGAGCUUCUGAAGUCAGAAGAGGAAAAACAAGGGAAGAGAUGUUGAAGAGUUAAAUCUUGAUCAUCUCUCUCUUCUCUGUUCCUCACUUUCCCUCUCUGCGUACUGUAUUGUAUGAGGGCUUUCGUUUCGGUUUGGUUUGUUUUAUUUUCCCUGGGGCAGGGGACUAAACUAAAGUCUAAAGGGUUCGUAUUGUUUGAA